AUGUUUAGUAUUUUUAGUAAUAGUAACAAAAAAAAUACUAUUCAAAGUAAGUCCGACCAUUCAGACAGUGAAACGAUUGAUGAUCCAGGUCCAAGCACGUCAAGUAGUUUGUGUGAAAAUGUAUGUACCAGUACCCCUCAAAUUUUGAAUUUAGGACUAGGAGAUAUAGAAAGUGGACCAUACCGCCCAAUUUUGGCUGCUUAUCCAAAAACAAAGUUUGGGAAGCAAAAUAGAUGUUUUAAUAAACAAUGGUUUGUUGAAUGUGCAUGGUUAGAAUAUAGCACUACAUUAGAUGCUGCUUUUUGUUAUGUUUGCCGCAUAUUUGGUACGGGUGAUGUUGAACCAGCAUGGACUAAGACUGGACUUAGUAAUUGGCAAAAAUUUGCUGAUAAAUUAAAUAAGCACAAAUUGUCCAAAAUUCAUUUAACAAAUGUAUCAAAGAUGGAAGCUUUUAAAUCCAGUAAAAAAACUGGAAGUGUUAAAUCUCAAGUCAUAAGUGCUCACAAUGAAAUAGUAAUGAAAAAUCGCAAAUAUAUUUUAAAUAUUAUCGAAAUAGUUUUGUAUCUUGCAAAACAAGGCGUUUCAUUUCGUGGUCACCGUGAAGAUUCUGAUUCAUGUAACCAAGCAAUUUUAAAUUUUUUAAAAAAUGAAAUUGAAGAAGAAGCUGACAAAGAUGCAGUUGAAGCUAUUGGUAUCAUUAGUCAAAUAACAAAAUGUCAAUUUGUAACAUUAGUAAUUGUCUUAAGAGAUGUUUUGGGGGUUAUAAACAUACUAAGUACAACACUACAAUCUAAAACAGCCACGUUAGGGAAGGCAGAAGUCAUUAUAAAUAGUGUAAUUGAAUCAUUUAAAGAUAUGAGAAGUGAUACUUCAUUCUCAAAACUGUGGUUGAAAAUUGUACAAUUUUGUGAAAUAAAUGAUAUAUCAUUGGAAGUCUCUCAUCCUGGAUCAAAACGAAAAAGAAUUCAGCCAAAUAAUUUGAGAAAUUUCAUUUUGGAAACAACUACAGGCAAUAAUUAUGAAGAACAAGAAGUGUCAGAAUCAGUCGAAGCCUAUUGGAGGCGCACUAUUUAUUUUCCAGUUAUUGAUACUAUUAUUAAUAAUUUAAAGUUUAGGUUUUCAAACGAAAAUCUUCAGAUGGCCAAAGCUAUUGAUAGUUUUAUGAAUAUGGAUUAUGAAAAUAGUCAACAUUUUAUUCAUCAUUAUAAGGAUAUAAUUAAUUCAAAUACAGAGUGUUUAAAAGCAGAAAUGCUUGUAGCGAGAAAUUGUUUAAAAAAUAGUACAGAUGACAUAAAAAAAAUACUAAAUAAUGAUGUGUUUCCAAACUUGUACAAACUAAUGCAGGUUGCAUUAACCGUACCUGUCAGUUCUGCGACAUGUGAACGAAGUUUUUCUUCUAUGAGGAGAUUGAAAAAUUGGCUGCGGAGCAGCAUGUUACAGCAGCGCUUUACUAAUUUAAGUAUCAUAAAUAUUGAGAGAGAUCUAGCUAAUGAUAUUGAACCUGAAAAAAUAUUAAAUACAUUUGCAAGUAUUGACAGAAAACUAUGUUUGACACUUUAA